GAAAGGGAAUACUAAUUAUUACUGAACGACGAACGUCCACUGUCCAGUAGUCAAUACUGUCAAAUAACGGACAUUGGCUGAUGUACUACUCCUGACGUUGUACCCGUUUUCUGUGUUUAAUUUAUUGUCUUACUGGCCAUGGACUUUGUAGGGACACGUCGCUGCUUGUACGGAAAACGGACGAUUGGGUAGUUUUAUGGUAAAACACUUUGGUCGAACACGGUAAAGGAUAAGUGUUCAUCGCGUUGGAUCGGUGGGACGCCGCGGGAAUUGUUUGAUAUUAAAAAUACCGUACACUGGGAACACCGUACGCAGUUGCACCUUUUUGGAACAAUGGAAUAGUCAGGGAAGAGGGAAGAGAGAAAGCCCUACCAGUUCCUUCACCAAUCUCCAUCGAUUAUCGGAUAACAUAAUUAUUAAUGUUAUUGUUUAGUUUUUCUCUUUUUCUAAACAAUAAAACACCAAACGAACAAAUAUGCAUCCUCAGUGUUCUUGAUAGUUUCUGCAUGUAGACCUGGUAGAAAAACUACUGUGGUCCCAGCUCGCGAGCCCCCUCGUUAUUCAGUGUAUUCAUAGCCGUCAUGAUUAUUGCAGGGUGAUUGAGGUCAAAAACCUCGAAGCAAAGGGUUCAAGGUUGUUCCUGUUGCGGGGCCAUAAGAUACACUAGCUGAAGUCAGUAAGAUAGUGGUAUCUUUAUUUCUUCGUAACCAACAAUUAAACUUUACCCGUCAAAACUGGCGCACCAAGUUCUACCAAGACGUUCCGGUAACGUCCACGUCGAUGGACGACCGCUCAUCGACGAGAACAUGUUAGCUAUCUGGCAUGAAAAUGACCGGUAUUCAUUUGAAGAUUCAGAACGUUUUGAAGAGGAUUCACUGUGUACGUGGAGUAGCGAGCCGGAAUCAGCAUGUAUCAAUUGGAGAGGAUGGAGAAAGAUGGAACAGAACACUGAAAGAGAACCAAAACCCGAAAUUAAACAAUUAGUUGAAUUAGCUGCUCAAUGUAUCGCACUAUUUGUACCAUAUGAAUUAGUAGAACAAGAAUAUCCUCCUGUACCUGAAGAAUUACAGUUACGCAUAGCAUUUUGGAGCUUUCCUGACAGUGAAGAUGACAUUCGGUUAUAUUCAUGUUUGGCAAACUCAAAUUCUGAUGAGUUCAUACGAGGCCAAAAUUUAUACUCUUCAAGUACUGUUAAAGACUGUGUACAGAUUGGGUUCCAUUUAAGUGCUAAUGUUAAUCAUGGAGGUCGUAGUAUUUUUAAUGUGGCUAUAACGUUUGACCGAAAAAAAAUCACAUCAUGUAAUUGUACAUGUGAGCCUAUGUCCUACUGGUGUUGUCAUGUUGUUGCAGUGUGUUUGCAUAGAAUUUAUUGUCCUGAUCAGGUAUUAUUAAGAGCACCUGUUAGUGAAAGUCUGUCUCGUUUAGAACGCGACCAGUUGCAAAAAUUUGCGCAAUACCUAAUAAGUGAAUUACCUCAGCAAAUAUUACCCGCUGCACAACGAUUGCUAGAUUCAUUAUUGUCUUCACAACCAACAGUUAUUAAUUCAACGAGCGGAGCACCUGAUCCUACUGCAGGUGCAUCUAUAAACGAACAAACCUCUUGGUUUUUAGAUGAAAAAACAUUACACAAUAACAUUAAGAAAAGUUUGAUCAAAUUUUGUGUUCCUUCACCUUUAGUAAUUAGUGAUGUUAACAUUUUAUCACAAUCUGUACCACCAGCGACGGCAGAGUGGUCAAAUUUAUUACGGCCUUUACGGGGCCGUGAACCAGAAGGCUUAUGGAAUCUUGUAUCAAUUGUUAGAGAAAUGUUCCGGAGGAAUGAUGAGAAUGCAAUGCAUCUCUUAGAAGUUCUAACAGAGGAAGCAGUUGCAUGUGAUCAAAUUAUGAUUUGGUGGUUUAAUACAAGAGUUGCGUUACAUGGAAGUGGGCCCAGUGGAGUAAGUAAACACACUGGACCUGCUGGUAACACCAAUACAGCUUCUCAUGCAUGUGCUCUGCUCUGUGAUGAAAUGGUUACACUUUGGCGUCUUGCUGCAUUAAACCCUAGUAUUUCGCCUGAUCACAGAGUGGCAUUAAAACAAAAAUUUCAAGAUUGGCAAGGGAAAAUUUUUUCGAGGGUUGUAAAACAUAGAAAUACUUCUAAUAGCAAAGCAUUAAACCAUUUCCGCCAAGAUAUGGAAAUUUUUGUUGGCUUUAAACCGGCUAGUGAAGCUUGUGAUUUAGAUUGGGAUGAUUAUCCAUUACCUGGUAUAACAUACGGUACAACUUGUUGUUGUGAUAAUAAUGGUGGUUGUUGUUCACAUAUUAAUAAUCAAGGAGCUACUAUUCAUUUUAUGGGAGAAUAUGGAAACUGGAAUGAAUGUAGCGCAUCAUCAAGAGGAAAUUCUGGUCAAAUAUCAUUAGACGAAUGUUUUUUGGAUUUAAAAAAUAACCGACACUUGCAUUACGGAAACCGAACCAGUCGAACUGACUAUCGUAGAUCUAAUAAUAUGCAUAUGCUUUGCAAUGUACAUAUGCCAAAUAACGAACAUAGACAAAUGACAAAUGUUUAUUGGGUACACAUGUCAAGAAGUAUGUCUCGAACACAACCUGAGGGUGGAAAUGCAAGUGCUAGUAUCCCCGAACCAUUUCCUGCGAGUGAACCUUCAACAAGCCAAAGCCUAGCAUCAAUUCCAUCUACAAGUUCCUCGUCUACUAGCACCACCCAACCUAGUUCACCUCAGCAGGUAGCAAAGCCAUUAAGCUCAUCAUCCGAAAGCCAAAGUAGUGAUGAAGGUGAUCGGUUAGCUGUGCAGAAGUCUACUUCUUCUCAAACUACACCUCCACCGCAAGAUGGUGAUGACUGUCAUUAUCUUUACUAUUGUAAUCCGAAAAAACUGCCAUCUACUUCUUCAGACAGUAUAAAAAUAGCCCAAGAAGUGAAUGCUCCUGAUAUUUACCAGCCGUCUACAUCUAAAUCUAUGACUGCUACUACACCGUUGAUAAAAUUAGAUUCAGAAUGGGAAACAAUGUUUGCCAGAGCUGAAGGUUUAUAUGCUUAUGGUCAUACCAAAGAAGCAUGUGUACUUGGUGUGGAACUCGUUGAUAAAUUUCUAAAAAAUCCACCUGAUUUUAUUAUCGACGUUCCGCCACCUAUAAUUAAAGGAAAAAGAAGAAAAAUCAAUCCCGUAUGCCAUCAACUGUCUAUAUUAGCUUCGGAAAUUUUACAAAAAUGUUAUUUCUUGUGUUCUGUUUUGGCUGAAAGGAAAGAAUAUUAUUUACACGCAUUCAAAAUUGGUCUUUACGGAUUAGAAAUGCCAAGGUUGCCAGCAAGUACAAAACCAUUGGAAGUAAAAAUGGCUCAUCAAGAAGCUGAAAUAUUAAACCACCUCAAACGUAUGUUGCCAUUUGAUAAGCCAGAAACAAAAAUUCUCAGAGAGCGGGCAAUACUUUUGCGAGAAGGCCAGUAUAAAACUCGCGGUGAUUCCUUGUUGCCAUUGAAUUUAGCAACAUUUAUUUUUGAUUGCUUGGUACUCUACCAAUCACCUUCUCCUGGAAAAACUGAUGAAUCACUGGGGUUUGAAGCUGCUGUUGCAGUUUUAGGAAUGAAAGCCAACAUCAGCGAAGCAGAAAAUCCUCUUCUUUGCGAAGGAAUUAGAAGACAAAGAGGUGAACUAGCGCUGAAUAUUAUAAUACGUUACAAAAACAAUCCAACACGUUUAGCAUUUGCUAUGGAUAAGUUAUUAGACAGAGAAGUACAUCCAUUUAUGAAAUCUGCUAUGGACGCAUGCUGGUAUCAAAUAAGGGACUCCAGGACUAUUCCAAUAAUGGCCAUGAAAAAUAUUGCGAGCAGCAAUUUAGUUUAUCCUCAAUUUCCAAACUACAACCCAACUGCUACUGGAGUACCAGGAGAGCUUGACACAAAUUUAGCCAGUAUGAAUUUGAAUUCUGCACCGCCUACUCCAUCGAGUAGUAGUAGUAGUAAUAGCACUGGCUUAUCAUCUAGUCGUAAAGAUAGAUACAAAAGCGGUAAACGUAUUUAUCCAAAUCAACCAAAUCAAGCAUCAGAAGCAAACGCACACUUUCUAUUUGAAUUAGGAAAAAUAAUUUUGAGCAAAGUUGGUGGACCUGUUCAAACAACUGUAUUCACACAACCGCCUUUAUCCUCUCAGCCACAUCGUGCUUUACACAUGUGUGCUUUUCAAUUAUCGUUAUAUUCGUUGGGACUUCUUAAUCGUGUUUCGCCUAAUUGGCGAAGCCGUAAUUACUCAUCUCAAGUUACGUGGAUCGGUGAUCAUGCAAUGGAAAUUGGUGCUCCAGCCACUCUAUUCUUGCUUGCUACAUGGGAAGGGCACUUAACACCGGCUGAAGUAGCAAACAUUGCAGACAGAAUGUCUAGAAGUCAUGAGCGAGUCACUGUUGAGGCAGCUGCUCAAUUAUCUUUAUCUUGUUUAAGACAUUCUGCAGCUCUGAAUUUAAAUGAAAUAACUAGAGCCAUAUUACAGUGUAAAGAGCAGAACGAACAUAUGAUGGAAAUUGCUUUACUUUAUGUGGAAAUGUCAGCUAAAAAUGGUGGAGUAUUUCCUGAAGUUUUGUUUAGUGUAGCGAAACAUUGGUUUGAUUUAUACAUACGACAUUCCAAUUCAGAUGAAGAUAACUAUUUAGUACAAGUGGAUCCAAGAGAAGAGUACAACUGUCCGUUUGUAUAUCAAGCCAAUUAUCAAAUAGAUCAGUCACAACAACAACAACCUCUAUAUGCUCACCAACUAUUGGCACCGCCUCAAACUGCUCCGCCUCAUAUGUAUCUGUCAUCAGUUCCAUAUUUCACCAAUCAAUCAGUAACACAAACUCAACCGCCAUCUAAUUCUCAGCAAUCUAAUACAGUCAUGUUGUAUCCGUUUCCAAGUUUGCCUACUUCAACCCAGUUUUCACAAUAUUAUUCACCUUACGUGCAGUUUCAAAAUAGCAACACUCAGAACCAGUCUCAUCAAGGACCACCACCCCAGUAUUUUGUUCAAUCACUAAAUCAAAAUGGCACUCAAGUGAGGAGUCCCCCACAGCAAGCACAGGGAAAUCAUCGGCAAUCUUCAAAUUACGCACAAAUUCAGCAUCUGACAUCAGCGUAUCGUGUUGGGAUGUUGGCUUUGGAUAGUUUAGCCAGACGUGUUCAUGAACCAAAUCAAGCAAAAUAUUCUAGAAAUCCCCCAUUUAGAGAUGAUAUACAAUGGUUGUUAAGGUUAUCCAAAAAAUUAGGUGUAAAUUAUACUCAACAAUUUUGUAUGGCCGUUACUAAUAGUGUAGUAAACCCGUUUAUACUUCAUGAUGUCGCAAUGGAAGCAGUUUUAUACAUGGCACAUUAUAAUCCCAGUCCGACCAUGUGUCCGUCGUUAAGUCCUUUGGUCGAGAAAUGUCAUACUAUGUAUAUUCAACUUCUUCAUCAGAAAUUAUAUCAACUUUCAUCAUCGGAUUAUGAAGAUUAUGUAAGCAUAUUGUACUCUGCAUAUGGGGCAUUUGCAAUGACAUCAGAAGGUACUGCCAUGUUUAAGGACUGGCUGCAAUCUGUUAGGAGGUAUUUUUGCUCAACAAUCGUCAUGCAGCGAGUAAAACACGUUCUGCUUAGAUCCAAAUCGUGCAAAAAGGAAUUAUGGGCAAUGAUAAAUAACGUGCUGCCAACUACAUGACGUUGGUGUCCUGAUGUAGUCAUGUUUUCAGAGGGUUGCGUACUGCCCUUUACAUAACAUACAGCAAUUGAUUAUUAUUAUUUUUUUAUUUUUUUUUUUAUUUUAGUAUGUCUAAACAAUUACACAGAAUUUAUACAAUUGAAUAUCUUCUAUGAUUUUCUACAUUGCGUUUUGACUUAACCUAUAUGAUAACAUGUUCGCAAAAAAAAAAAGAGAUUAGCUAAUUUUUUUUUUAAUUUUAGUAAAUUUAUUGUGAGUUAUAAUUGUAUGUUUGCUCACAUUUUUCUUUUUACUUUUUACUAUUAGUUUUUUUUUUCGUUUAUUUUUAAUAUUAAUUUUUGUGUUUUCUUAUUUUCUUUGUUUGCGCAUUCAAGUCUGUUUCACUUUAAAAAUAUAAGCUAAAUAUUAAAAUAAGACUGUUUUUUUAAUGUACUCUACACGUACAAGUAUUAUUUACAUCUUAGACUAGCUUAUGCCUUUAAGACUUAUAAAAUGAUAUUUUUAUAAAAAAAAAAAUAAUAAGACUUAGGUGACAUUAUUUGUAAACUCAGAAGCCUUCCCUAUCUCUCAUUCCUCCCCCAAUGCUGGACUACUUACAAUUAUCCUUUUAUCAAGAUCUCUAGGCUAUUUUAAUUUCUAUUGAUGGCGAUAUCAACAUAGCAAAUUAUGUAAUUUUUUUUUUUAUUGUCGUUACUGUAGUCAAUUUUGUCACAAAAAAAAAUGUAUGUAUUUAUAAAUAUUACAUAUAUAUAUAUAUAUAUA